AUGUACGACUUCGACGACUCGGACGACACUGAGUUCGAGCCUCUCACUACGGUCCAGGAGACCAAGCCACGACCUACCGCAACUGCUGUUCAGGCUGAUGACGAGGACGAGGAGCCUGCCCCAAAGAAGACACCAACCCCAGUCUUGACAGAAAAGUCCAUGACAAAGAGCUCUACCCCAACCAUCGACUCUAUUCUUCCUACCACUAUGGCAACACUCGUAAGCUCCAGCGCAACCUGGGACUACCCGUACCCAACCACUGUCUCCAAAUUGGCCAACUCCAAUGACAAUGACAGUGACCGACCCAAGAGCAUCAAAGGCAACGACAGCCACAACGCCACCGAGGAGCUUGAAAAGGUCAAAGCCAACUUGCACACUUACAAGAUCCACUACCGCAACAUGAUCAUUGCGCUGACCUUGUUUGCUCUCCUCAUCGUCUCGUUCGUGGCUUUCAAGGUCUGGUGGUUCAUCCAGAAGCGCAAGAAGGCUGCUGCUGUCGGUGCUUUCAAGACUGGCCGUCGCUGGUUCAAGAGCGCACAGGCUCGUCGUGACCGGGCACCAACGGGACCUGGAGGCGUGCCGAUGAUAUAG